AUGAAUGAAUGUUUUGUGGUAAGGGGCAAGCGAAUUAAACCCAAUCCCGAAAAGUUUUUAAAUCCUCCCACUUAAAAGGAGCAAUAACAACAUAGCUAAUUUGUUUCAAAAUAUAGAUCUCGGAGAUGUUAUAUGUAACUCUUCUCAGGAGUGGAUUUUUCAAAAUUAUUUCAAAAAAAAAUAAGAGCAGAUCAAUUCUCUCUCCAAAUUUUACAAUCAUAUAUUUAAUAUAUAAAUAGUAUUUUUUUUAGGAAAAAUCGAUGA